AUGUUUCCGCCGAUGUCAUCUACACACUGGCUCGAAAUUGGAUUUUACUCUCGAUUCUCCCUCCCUCCCUCCAUGGCGAAAAUUACUUUGACGCGUCCAACAACGACGCGUCGUUUAUCAACGUGGGAAGUUCCGUUGGCGAAAUCAGCUGCCAGCAAUUUCGCUUGUGAAGGACCUGCAGGGGAAGUCUUCAAGGUCGACUCGUCUGCUGCGCUGUGCGUGCAGGAAACGCGCGAUGUGCUCGCUGUAAACCCCUUCCACGAGGCUGAGCUUGAAAAUUCUGAAUAUCCGUUGGCUGAUUCCGAUAGCGAAUGUGACGCUGAGUUCAGAGACGUGUUUUAUGCAUAUGAGCCCGAAUUCGAUGCAUCUCUUGACGAUGAUGUCCUUCAAAGCUGGAAUAUGAGCAGAAACAUCCUUGCUAUAGACUCAACGACACCUUGGCUAACUCCCCAUAUCGUUAUCACCCCUGCAUCCGAUACCAUGAGUGAUCUUGCUAUCGCUUGGUUCAAUCAACCAAAUUACUACCAAGAUACUUCGAAACUAUGUCUGCCACCGUCAGAUUUCGCAGAGAACCCCUCUUUUUCGCGUUCAGAUGCCCCUCCGAUUAUUACAUCUUUUUUACCACUUGCGUUCCAUCCGAUCUCCGUUUUUAGUCCAUCGAAAUUCAACGCUAUGAUUGAAGGCUGCUCACAUGAGCGCUUGAGCUACUUCAACGUCGUCAUCGCACUCAGACGGCAGAUAAUGAAAGCUGUCGCUAUAAUGGCAAAUCAGGCUGCUAAUAGUUUCCGAGAGCGAUACGACUCGGCUCUCCCUUUCUCAAACAUCGACCGUCCUUUCUCGUGGACUGACCCAGCUGAGCCCAUUCUAUCAGCCAGCCGCUUCUAUCGCGCCACCCUUAUCCUCGACUCCACCAAUCCGUUCCGAGUUCCGCAUAUCAUUUGGACCUCGCGAAGAAGACCUUGCGCAGCGCUCCCCGAUAUUCUCUGUCAACUCUUAGGCCACGCGUCCAUUCCAAACGACGGAUUUGUGACGACCAUCACGUUUCUGCAGCACCACUCCUCACCAACAUUGGGAAGAGUAGAUAACGGGGAUGCGUAUAUCGUUGCUGGAGCGACUACCACCGGUGGUGUUAGUAUUCUGGAUCGAGUUGGUGGGGGAAGAAAGCUUACUUUGCUAGCUAACAAUGAGGAUGUACAGAAUAGGACCAGCCUUGUUUCUCUACCUUCGUCAUGA